AUGAUCAUUCCCCGGGAGCACAUCAGUACUGACCAGUAUUUAACUCGACUUCACGCGCAGAUCAAAGACGAGAUUCCUGUGGAAAGCACCGAUCCCGGUAUCCCAGUAGCACGGGAAAAGAGUCGUGGCAAAAAGAAUACAGAGGUCGAUUGGUGGGCAGCGUGUGAGUCCUACUUUUUCAAUGAGUGA